AUGAAGGAUGAGGACAUCCUCCUGUCUCGUGUUGAGCUUCGAAGUCGAGCUGGAGAUUGGUCAAGAUGCUACUGCACGGAAGAACGACGACCACCUUUACUACGCUACGGAAAUGAUCUCGCUUCUGAAGGAAGAGUGGAAGAUGCAAAGGAGGAGAACUAUUUUCUCCUCGAUGAAUUGGAAGAGCUGUAUUUUAACGAGGCUGCUACAAUUAGAACUAAUCAAGAUUUACUCGACGAGUUCAUGGAAGAAAGGCAUAACGUUGAAGACGAAAAUAAACUUCUGAAGAAAAAAAUAGAAGAAUUGGAAGACGCAUUAACCCAGAAGGCCAAGGAAGUUGAAAAUGUAAACGAACAACUCGCACGGCAGGAGAGACAAUGUGAGAGCCAUAGAGAAAAACUGGAAGAACUCCAGAAUCAAGCAGUGGACAAUGAUUUCUACUGUGGUUACCUAGAAGAGAAGGUCAAGGCCCACGAGACCGAAAGAAAGAGGCUGCUCCAGGCGACGGCACAACUCGAGGAGAAAUUGCAAGUCUCUCAGCGAGAAGUAUCUGGUCUCACAAGAAAUCACGAUCUAGAUAAAAACCACAGUAAUCAGACGCGACAGAAUCUAGGCAAUCAGAAGAACGCCCAUAUCCAGGAAACCCCAGUUCAGCCGCUUCCAAAGGAGAAUGAAAAAAUGAAUGAUAAAUUGGAGCAACCAGAACGACUAGUUACCGUGUUAAAUAAUUCUAUGGCUAAUGAUAAGAAUAAGAAUGAUGCUUUGGUCGAGGAAAACAAGGUAAAAGGAAACAUGCUCUAUAAGCUUGGACGGCUGGAGGAAGCAAGUGAAUGUUUCCUCAGAGAACUGGAUAUGGACGACGACCAAGUGGACAUCAGGCUAAGACUGGUAUUAUGUCUCUUGUUGCUUGGCAGACAUAGCGAAGCUGUGAUGCACCUUGAGAAAUUAGAUAAUCGAGAAGAUUUGGUUGCGGCUGCCAAAGCCCUGCAAAGAUUGCAACGUCACGGCUGCCCCUACUACAUCCUAGGAAUUGCAGAGGAGGCUAGUUUGAAGGAAAUAGAGUGGGCCUACAGGAAGCGGGCACUCAAGUUCAACCCUGAUAAGUGCCACGGGUCUAACGAAGAACGACAACGCAGGACGGAAAUCAUGCAGAAGGUCAAUUAUGCCAAUGACCUCCUACAUGAUGUUGAUGAAAGAGAAGAAUACGACACUGUCAGGGAGUUCAUCAAGGACCUGGCAGCUGCGGUGGUUCUAGAUCCUCAGGAGACAAUGAAAGCAAAGAGGAAGAAACCUGGAAGGACAAGGAAGAGGACGAGAACUAAAGGAAACUAA